AUGGAUCAAUCACCACCGAAACGUAUUACACGUGCAAAGUCAACAAAGGAUGCUGUAGUUAAAACUACGAGAAUCGCACCUGCCGCAUCGAAGACAACCAAAGUUACCCGCGGUACAACAAGUACGAAGAGAAAGACCAGAGCAGAUGAUGAUGAGGAGGAACAAAACGAAGGGUUAGCAGAGGAGACCAAGCCAGAGCUCAAAACUACUCGCGGACGACCGAGGAAAAUCAACACACAAGUGGAAACGGCCGAGGUAGAGGAAACCAUGGUCCCAGCAAAAGCAACUCGAGGUAGACCAAAGAAAACUGCGAUUGAAACACCAGCCCUUCCACCCGCCAGAUCUUUGAAAGGACGAGCGAAGAAGGAUGAGGCCGAGCCUCAGGCGGAACCAAAACUAACCGUGGUUGAGGAACCUAUGAAGAAGAUAAGCCGUACGCGCGAUCCUUCUGCCACAGUUUCACGUGCAAUGGGACCAAAGAAGAGGGUCAAGUUUGAGGAAUCUGAUAAGGAGAAUAUUAUACCACCUACCCGAGCAAAGCCCAAGGCUGCAGAAUCAGCCACGGGACUACGAGCGAAACCGGUUCGAAAGCAUACAUUAUCUGCAACAGCGUCGACACGUGCGACUCGUGCUAGAGCCAAGCCUGGUCAAGACGAGAAGGUAGAGAAACCAUUGCCAUUGAGUCCGAAGAAAGCGACACAAGUUAAUGCGAAAAAGGGUCAAUCGUCUGAAGAUAAAUUAUCAACAGUGAAAACUCCAAUGAAAUCGUUGAUGAAAAGUCCUGUUAAGCCGCCUGGAAGUAUCUUUGAUACUGCGAAAAAGAUAGAUUUCUCGACAUCCCUUGCAGCACAAAAUCCUGCUGAAGGCAUCAAACUGGAUUUUCAUGCAUCGAAUAUGAUGAGUCCAGCUCGUCGACCCCCACAAACCGCAGAGAAGAAAUUGGACAUUGCUACGUCUUUUGCUGAUAAGCCUUCAAUGGAACCUACCCAGAUUUUCAAUGCGUCAAUAAUGACAAGUCCUGCUCGACGUCCACAAACCGCCGAGAAAAAGUUGGAAAUCGCUACUGCUUUUGCUGAUAAGCCUUCAAUGGAACCUACCCAGAUUUUCAAUACGUCAAUAAUGACAAGCCCUGCUCGACGCCCUCCACAAUCUUCGCCUUUUAAAGAGACAUUAAAGUCAUCUGCACAAAGAUUUGAGUUUGGACACAGCAUGCUAUCGCCUUUCAAGCCCAACUUAUUUGCACCGGAACCUUCAACGACCGCAUCUCCUUUCAAAUCUUCUCUUCUUAAAUCACCAGCUCGCAGACCUCAAUCACCCACCAAAGUCAACGAAGCUGGAUCACCAACGAGAACCACUCACGCCACUUCGAUAUUCGAUGCGACUCCAAAAGUCAGCACUUUUAAGAUUUCAAGAUUUGAAACCCCGAGAACUCUCAUGAAGAGUGCAAUACGUCCUGGUCCAAUGUUUCCCCCAAUUCCCUCAAGCACUGUGAAGGACAAUGUUUUAAAUGGCAGUCCAAUAUCGAAGGAAGCAAGAUCUUUACCAACUCCCGUCCUAGAGUUUUCUGGUCGACUUUCAUCGAUUUUGCCGCGUUCUGCUGAUUCGGCCUUUCCGCCAGCUAUCGGAGUUUCCCCUCCCAUCGAUGAGCCUGUAGAAUCUAUCGUCGAUAAUAUCCAAGAACAAUCCGACGACUCAAUUGCCAUUGAGAACACAGAUCAUAUGGUCGAUACUAUUGAAGUUCAGAGUACCACACCACCAUGCUCACCCCCUAGAAAUAGUUCUGGUGGUUUUUUCGAACUCCGCGAAGAGAUAAAUUCAACGGAUGACAACUUAGAGUCAGAAGAUGAGCUUGCUUCUGUAGCUGAAGAAUACUCGCCAACCCCACUUACCAAUUUUCAGAUCUCUACCAAUGAUUUCGCCUCUACUUCAGCGACACCCGCCAAAUUUGCCUACAUCAACAGGACUCCUCAGACAGCAGCGACUCAAGCAUCUGUUCGACCCUUACGCAGAUUAAACCAGGAGAAGAUUGGUUUCACUCCUUUGGCAAAGCAACUAAGCGACUGGAUGGCCUCGAGUACUGAGCAGUCCGGCGGAAGCGAUGAUGAAAACGAUGAGCUUGUCUCACCUACGCAGAAAUCAGUGGAGAAAGAAGCAGACGCUAAUAUGGGUACUGUUGCAGCUUCCUUGGCCGUCGAAUCUCCAGCCAAGAGUAGUUACUUUGAGGAUGAGAUGAAAAUCCGAGAAGAGCUCAAUGUGGCAGAAAAUGAAUCUACUUCUCUCGAUGAGGUUGAGGCGGAGAUCAGUGAACCAGAGUUUGAAGAUAUCGAAUUCCUUGAGGAAGAUCUCGACCUUGCAGAAGAAGCAGAUGAGCUAUCGAUGUUGGACCCUGAAGCUUUCGAAGAAGGGAACGAAGAAGAAAUUGAAGAAAACGAAGAAAGAAUUGAAGAGAAUGAAGAGGAAAAUGAAGAGAGCAAUGAAGAAAUUGAAACGAACGAAGAAGGAAUUGAAGAGAACGAUGAAGUAGAAGGAGAAGACGAAGAAGAUGAAAUCACUAUCAUGGGUGUUUUUGAAGAGUCUGUGCUUGCGCCUGAGCCAGAACCUAGCCCCUCAGAGGCCAGCCAGGAAUAUGGGGACGAGAAUGAUGUGCCAAUAGACCCCGCACUUUUGACCCCUGCACCUCAGCCAUCAACUGCGCCAGUCUUCACGACCCCUAAACGUGUUUUGUCCGAGAGAACAUUUCAUACAGUCGCCAAGGUGCCGCUCAAGGGUGCUCAUGAAACUCCCAUGCGAUCAACUCCAGCGAAGAGAAGCGCGAGUAGUUCAAAGCUUCCCGGUGCACGCCCAACUAGCUCAUUAUCUCGCAGCAAUACUGUGAUUUCAUACUCACCAUCCAAGAGCACACCAAAAUCUCAACAAAAGCAGAAAUCCACCGAGGUAGUCGUCAGUCAAGGCUUUGCUACUCCUACUAAAUCAGAGACUUUUAUGUGGUCCACAGUCGCGACACCAGCUCGUACACCCCGUCCAGAUCUCAACACGGCACUUUUGAAGGGAGCUGUAGUCUUUGUCGAUGUGCAUACCACAGAAGGUGCUGAUGCUAGUGGCUUGUUCACAGAGUUGCUUACACAGAUGGGUGCGAAAUGUGUUAAGAGUUGGUCCUGGAAUCCAAAUAGUGAUGAUGGAAGCAAAAUUGGAAUUACCCAUAUUGUUUUCAAAGAUGGCGGAAUGAGAACACUCGAAAAAUCUAAGCAAACUGGAGGUGUGGUUUCUUGUGUCGGUGUUGGAUGGGUUUUAGAUUGUGAACGCGAAAACCAAUGGCUUGAUGAAGCCUCUUAUGCCGUUGACACAACCAUGGUACCUCGAGGAGGUGCUCGUCGUCGCAAGAGUAUGGAACCCCGUGCACUUGCUAACCUCAACGGUACCCUUGUUCCAUCAACCGUUCCUGCAAAAUCUGCAUCUCCAACUUUGACUUACCCUGAUACAACACCACGUACACUCAAAUCUAAGAGAAGGGAAUCGUUUCAAUGGCAGAGAUCUCCAAUUUCGAAUGAAGAGGCUGAUGAAGAUGAACUGGGUGAUGAUGAUUGGAUGUUAAGUCCUGUUCCUGCUACACCUGCUCCGGAAACUAUCAGUGCAUAUGCGGAAGAGGGUUUAUGGGGUGCAGAGACUCCUGGAGCUCAAACACCUUAUUUCUUCAAGAAGGACAAGUUGGUACAAAUGACGGCUCCGGGAGGGAAUAAAAAAUUUGUGAACUUUGAAGAAGGCGAGAGUAGUGGAAGUGGAACUUCAGGUGAUGGAAUGGAUUUCUUGAAAAAGGAAAGAAAUCAGAGUGUUAUGAUGAGGUUGAUGGCUGCCAGGAGAAAGAGUUUACAAUGGGCCCCGAAGGUGGGAAGUCCACUCGCUAGGAGAUUUGAUGGAGGUUUGUGA